UCUUCCGGAAGUGAUUUCCGACACUUGACAGAGUGAUUCAGCCGCAGAGAAACGGAGCGCAGCUUCAUCUCUGCGCAGUUUUUGAUCCUGCCCCAGAAACCAGCUGCCGGACCCGGAUCAGCACCGCAAAGGAGACUUUGGACCAGGUGGAACCGAACCUACCAAGGUGAUUCGAAAGGAGCCGGGCCAAAAUCAAGGCAGAUACAGCAGACAGGCGGCUUCAUCUCCUCCUGCAGACUGAGCGGAGUCUUCCUCAUCACCGAGUCAGCAGAGAUGAGAGCGUCCCAUCAGACUAACCUGAUCCAGGAUCAGUGAUGUGGGAUCGGUUUCUGCAGCGACCCAACAUGGCUGCCUCCGCGCUGACCGUGUGUGUGUUUGUCCUGCUACUGGCUGGGAUCAGAGGUUUGCAGUUGGAGGACAGAGAGGAGAGAAUCUGCGCAUUCACCAACAGCCUUAAGGGGGCGGAGCCUGUAUCCACCAAUGAGCUGCGAGGAGAGGUGCAGGAGAACGGCACGAUUCGCUGCAGUCGCGGCUCCCGCUGCUAUGCAUUGUGGGAAAGACAAGCAGACGGGGAGAUGCAGCUGCUGAACCAAGGCUGUUGGAUGCAUGUGGGCAACCAUCAGGAGUGUUAUGGCGACCGCUGCAUCCUGGUGACAGCGACUCCGUCUCAGAUGCAGAAAGCCAGCUACCGUUUCUGCUGCUGCAGCCACGACCUCUGCAACACUAAUUACACUGAAGCUCCGCCCACCGCCGACACGCCCGCCCUGAGGCCGAUGAGGAGAGACGACCUCAGCCUCAGUCACACAGAUCGGCAGCUGACGGUGAAGGAGACGGCUCUGGUUGCCCUGGUUACUGUUGCUAUAGCAGCGCUCCUCAUCAUGGCGAUGUUCCUGGGAUACCGCAUGAUGAAAAGGAAGCAGAAGCAUGGUCUGUCUGCUGUGAACAUGAUGGAGGCAGCAAACUCAGAAUCAGUUGUGGACCUUGACAACCUGAAGCUGCUGGAGCUGAUUGGUCGAGGACGCUACGGAUCUGUGUUUCGCGGCUCUCUGAACGAGCGCUGCGUGGCUGUUAAAGUCUUCAGCUCCGCUAACCGUCCGAACUUCUCCAACGAGCGCUUUAUCUACCGGCUGCCUCUGCUGCAGCAGCACGACAACAUCGCCCGCUUCCUGGCUGCCGACGAGAAGACGACAGCCGAGGGCCGACCAGAGUUCCUCAUCCUCAUGGAGUACUACCCACAUGGCUGUCUGUCUCAGUACCUGUCUCUGCACACCGUGGACUGGCUGACCUGCUGCAGGAUGGCCCACGGCGUGACCAGAGGACUCGCCUUCCUGCACACAGAACUCUACAGAGGAGACCAGUACAAACCGCCCGUGGCCCACAGAGACCUGACCAGCAGGAACGUUCUGGUCCGAUCCGAUCUGUCCUGCGUCCUCGCCGACUUCGGCUUGUCCAUGAAGCUGACAGGAACCAGAACCUGUCGGCCCGGGGACGAUGACACCAUGGCCAUAUCUGAGGUGGGGACGGUGCGGUACAUGUCCCCAGAGGUUCUGGGAGGAGCUCUGAACCUCAGAGACUGUGAAUCGGCUCUGAAGCAGGUGGACGUGUACGCGUUGGGUCUGCUGUACUGGGAGAGCUUCAGGAGGUGCUCCGACCUGUUCCCAGGUGAAGCCGUUCCAGAGUACCAGCUGGCUUUCCAGGCCGAAGUCGGGAAUCAUCCGAGCUUCGAGGACAUGCAGAUCCUGGUGGUCCGGGAGAAACACAGACCCAGAUUCCCUGAAGUCUGGAAGGAGAACAGCCUGGCGCUGCGGGCCCUGAAGGAGACCAUGGAGGACUGCUGGGACCAGGACGCUGAGGCCCGACUAACGGCUCAGUGUGCUGAGGAACGGCUGGCUGACCUGAUCAUCCUGAGCCCUCAUACCGCGCUCCACAACCACAGGAAUCUGUCUCACAGCUGCUGGACUCCCCAGGUUGGUUCCUCUUCCUGCUACAUCGAGGAUCUACGGGUGGGCGUGGUCAAGAAUCUCCAGGGAGAUGGGCAGCCAGCAUCGGUUGUCAGGACGACCAUGAGUGGAGCAGAAGGUGGAGAGAAGAACAGGAACUGCAUCAACCAGCAGCGGCAGCAGAUUCAGGCUCAUCCGGCCGCCUUAGACUGCAGCGUGAUGACCUCCAGCAGCCUGAGGACAGACUCUGUCCUCUGCAGUGUCUCUGACCUAAACGGGGGCGCUGCACCCAGUGUUCCUGUCUGUCUGCAGCUCACAGAGGCAGACCUGGAGGCCUCCAAGCUGGACCCAAAACAGGUCCAGAAGAACCUGAGAAAAACCUCUCAGGAAAACCUGAUGGAACAUUCUCAGAAGCAGUUUGGAUCAGUACCACAAACCUCCCUCCUGCAUCACAGCAUUGAGGUCACCAGUCAGGAAGAACCAGGACCUCCCGCCUCCAUCCAGCCGCUCCCCAAGCAGCAGAACCUCCCACAAAGGCCCACCAGCCUCCACCUGCUCCCCAAACCCAGCGAGUCCCGACAGAAGCCGGGAAGGCUCAGGUCGACCCACCGACAGGUGGAGACAGGUGUGGCUAAGAUGAACGCAGUUAUCCAACCUGUAGAGCCACACCUGGUUACCACGGUUACCAAGAUGAGGAGCAGCGCUGCAAACGGGCCUGAAGUCCUCUGUGCCUCCAGCAGCCACAGCUCUGGUGUUCCCGUCCUGGUGACCAAUAAAACGAGAGGAGGAGGGAGAACAAACCCCGCAGGACCACGGGAGGAGGAGGAAGAGGAUGGAGGAGGAAGGAGAGGAGGAGACGGAGACAACCAGCUGAACCUGAGUCUGAACUUCAGUCCUGAUGAACAUGAACCUCUGCUGAGGAGAGAGCAGCUUCCUGCUGAGAGCGACCCUCCUCCUCAUCAUCAUCAUCACCACGGUCCACCGGGCCGAGCAGGAGGACGAGGAUCCAACUCCAACAACAACAACAACCGGCUCGCCCUGGGCUCCGAACUCCACCGGCCCGCAGAGGUCAGCGUUCCUGAACCAGAAUCUAAGAGCAUUGGACCUCCAGCUGCAGUCUCAGAUAUGAAACAGAAAAUGCUGCCGGUCCAUUCUGCUGACAGAGGUGAAGGCUCAGCUACAGAAACAUAUCAGAAAGAAGGGAAAACUCUGAAUGAGGAAGGCUUUCUACUGGGGCAAGGACAGAACUCAGCUCCUGAAGCAACAUUGUCCAACGUUCAGACUUCAGAACCAUCGAAAGCUCCUCAGAACCCAGCUUUAGCAGAAGUUUCAGCUACAGGAGCCCCACCUGUGGACGUCCCCGUCCUGGACUCUAAAGCUUUGGAUCCUGCUCCUGCAGAAAGUCCGGCAUCAGAACCGGCAGAUCUGCAGAAUCGACCUUCAGAACCUCAAACCGUAGGUCUGCUGCAGCCCCAGCUCAGGCAGACCAAAAAUAGGAGGCCAGAGCGUCCCUGUUCCCUGGAUCUGUCCUCCUCCUGCAUCUCCUCAGAUGAUGCUCCUGUGAUGGACUAUGGCAGUCUGAGCGCCACAGGAGAGAAGAUCAAGCGGCGUGUGAAGACCCCAUACACCCUGAAGAAGUGGCGCCCAGCCUCCUGGGUGGUCUCCACCGACAGGGACCUGGACCUGGAGUUUGAGUUCACCAGCAGUCAGGUCCAGGAGUCGUCUGGUCUCCACAGAGCAGGAGGCGCUGGUGUCCCUAGAAUCAACCAGUCUAAGUCCAGCAUGGCCGUGUUUCUGGUCGGAGGAGGAACCACGGCGACCACGACCUCCGAGCCGGACGGCUUGACCCGGUUCUGAAGAGCCUGUGAGAUCCAGAGAUGUUUCCUUUUUUUUAAUCGUUUUAACUUUUGUUGUUGGAGAUAACGGUGAUCUGUCCUGAUGAAGAAACAUCUGACAGAACUGACGCUGCAGCUUGGAGGAGGGAUCAUUUUCCACCAUCAUCAGCUGAGUUUCCAUCAAAUCUCUGAAACUCAUCAGAUGGAAACAGGAAGCAGCUCCCAUCAGCGGGGAAUAAUGUGCUCAGUGUGCUCAGCAGGGGGCGCUGUGGACUACAAACCCACAUGCUCAAAGAUAAAAUGGAGAGAAAUCCACAGGACUUUACCCUGUAAGUGUGGAGCAUGUUUGUUCUCUGGAAGCAGAAACAGACGAUGGAUCAUUUGAUUAAGUUCUUUAUAAGUUUCUCUGAAUAUUAUGCAUAAACAACAGUGGCUGAAAAUGUCACUUUCUGAGGAAAAGAUUCUCUGAAUCCUAAACCCUUGCUGCUCAUGUAAAAUGACACCCCUCUUCUCCUGAAAGGUAAAGCCCCAUUCUGAUUGGCCUUCCAGCUGGUGGGUGUGGCCAUGUGUUUUUUUUAACCUCCCUGAGUCACAGGCCUGCCCAGGAACCUGAAUAUCUGCAGCGUAGGACCAGCCUGCUGGUUUGGUUGCUGAAGACAACAAACACCAGUCCCCACUGGGUUUCUGACUGGGAGACUGGACCACAGUCACAGUGGGUUUAAUAGGAUUUUUGAGUUUUAAAAAAUAGCACACAUUAGACCCGAACUCCUGUCCUGAUCCCGAUGGUGAGUUCUGGUCCACUUCCUGUAGCUGCUAACAUCCUGUCUGACCUUCUUGUUUAAGACUUCAGGGCCCUGGUCUGCAAAGCAUUCUUAUUGGCUGGUUCAGGUUGUUCAGCAUCAUAAAGCUGGUUCCCUUGUUAUGUCUGUCGUCAUGGUAACACGCUGGACACACAACCAGUCAGAUUUAUCACAGUAAAUCCUCCUGCUGGACUGAGUGGUUCUUAUCAAAACGGUGCGAUUAUUGCACAGAGAUUCACUUUCUCUGACUGGUGACAUCUGCAGCAUUUUAAAAAUAUAAGAUAAAUUUGUCCUUUAAUCAUUUAGCUGCCACCUCAAUAAGUGUGUUAAUUUGAACAUUUUUCUUAUUCCAACAUUUUUUUUUUUACAAUACAAUGAUGUGCAGAGAAAGCAAUCCCUGGUUUGAUUCACCCAGUUAACUCAUUUUUAAGAUUGAUCUUCACUGUUUGGGUCAGUUAAGCCAAGCCUGCUUUGUUGUGCAGGGCCCAAAGUUAACAAGCACAACAAUAAGAAAUCCUUCAGGAUUUCUGAACAGAAAGAGGAACAGGUUGAUUUGGCUGUGAUGUCAUUUCCUGUUACGAAUUCUGACUUCUGAUGUAAAACCUAACGCAGCACUAAAUGCACGGUGACCAGGUUCUCCUCCGUUUUGUGGUGAAGAUGUUCUGGAUGUGCUCCCGUUCUAACUAACUUGACACUGUGACAUAGAAGAACUGAUUCUGAAGCAAUGAGGCUGAACUUUAUGUCCAGUUUGGACCAUUUAUUUAUAGGUCUCUGUGUCAGUAAUAAGAGAAAAGGUCCACAUGGACCUUUGAGCUCUUAGGGAGUGUUUACACCCGUAGUUCAGAUUUCAGAUCCAGAAAUAGGCAGAAAAAAAAUAUUAAAUAAUAUGUGAUAUGGCCAAACAGGAGCCUGAAGAUGAUUUCACACACUGGGCCAAUUUUCAUGCAUAAAACUGGGUCAGGGUGAAACGGAUUAAGACUAUUUGAACAUUUCUAACCAAUAAAGAUGUAAAAACCUGCCAAACCAGAACUGACCUGCAAUUGACAAAAAUAAAGAUGAUGAGGUCACACUCAGACAUUCAGUUUGAUCAGGACUGAGGGAGCUGUUAAGCGGCUUCAUGGUCUGAUUCUGUUUGUUUAGAAAGGAUCAGAACCACUCUGUUGAUCCGGUCAGCGGGAGCAGAGAGGCUUUGAUCCAGUCAUGAUUUAUUUCUUUAGGCACUUUAAACGUAGAGUUAGAGACUAAUGAACACAUGUUCACUUUUAGCAGUAAGAGCACCUAAGAAUUAACCCCCCCCCCCCCAACUACAGGCUGUUUAGAUCAGAUGACCAGAACACUGACUGCACUUCUGCUGGAGAAUCUGUUGAUUUUUACAGACUUUAAACAGAACUUCCUGGUGAGAACCAGAGAGAGGCAUAACUAAAGUAUGAGGAGAAGUAACUAUGGAGGAAUAACAGCCGCUGGUGUUUUUUCUUUAUAAGCGAGGAGGAGAACCUCUGAUUGGGUCGGGUUACAGGUCCGAUGAAGGCUGGACCCUGAGCAGGAGAGAUAAAAUUCAAACAUCUGAAUAGUCAGUAAAACAGAGAAACAAAUGCAAUCCUCCUGGUGAGCUGCACCUUUAAACAACUCCCAAUUUGGCUCAUUAACAUCAUGAUCCAGUCGGUGGUAGAUUAACAACCUUUAGAGUUUAGACUUAAUGUGACUUUAAUAGUUUUAGUCUGUAAGGUUUAAAUCGUGGAUCCUUGGGAUUCCAGCAGCUCACAUUUUCUACCAUGUUAAAAAAAUAAACCGUUUUCAACAAAAAGGUUUAAUGUCAGACUUUUAAAAAUAAAAAAAAAAAACAGCAGAACAUGAAAUAGAUUUCAGUUCAGUUUCAUUUGAGCUUUUUCUAACAGGAGCUCUCCAGAUGCAGUUGUUUUUUUCUGCAGACUGUGGCUGUUUUCUAUAGAAACUCCUGCAGCGAUGCGUCUGAUUUUUAUUUUGGUCUCAUUUCUAUCAACUUGUUUAAAUGUGCAGUUGCAGUAAAAUAAGAGCAUUUAGCGAACCUUACAGUAAUGGUGUCAAACUGUUAUUUAGGAUCUGAAGAUGCCUUCUCAGUUCUGUUUGCUUAUUUUUGUAUUUUAUACACUUUGUACUGUUUUUAGACGCUGCUGUGUGUGCAUCCUGAGAGGUUUUUCAUGUUUUACGUCUUAUGUGUGUGUGUCGGUGGUUCAACCAGCGGACUGAGUGGAACUUCAGAACCAGAACUAUGUUUGGUUCUCAUGAGAACUGAAGCUGUUCUCUCAUCCAGGAACAGGACCUUAUAAAGGAGGAUUUUUAUUAGAACUGCGGUGGUUGAGGACUUCCAGCUCUGGUGUUUUUUUCUCCAGGAUGUCUCCACCAGUUCAGCUGCUGUUUACCGUCUACUGAUAAACCCUCAGCAGCUCAUUUUAUAACCACUCUGUGCAGGUCGGUCUGCUGAUGGAUGACUCUACAUUAUAAACGGAUCUUUCAUAAUACACAAAGGACCCGGGAAAGAAAUCCACAGGGGCAUCGUUGUAAAUUAGAAUAUCUCUGGAAUAGGCUGGUGAAGAUUCUCAGUCAUCCAGGUCAUGGUCAUUCCAAAAAAAGGAAAAAAACAAAGCAACUGGACCUGUUUUUCGUAGUUGGUUUUUCGUAGUUGGAGCUCCACAAUGCUCUAGACUUUUGGAAUUGAGAAAGCUUCCUGGAGAGGAAGCGAAACGUCUUCAACUACGAAAAACAAGUCCAGUUGCUUUGUUUUUUACUUUUUUUGGAAUAUCUCUGGAAGUUUCAAAUAUUUCUAUAAUUCAUUCAAAGGCAAACUUGUAUAGAUUCAUUUCACACAGAGUAGUGAGCAAAAAUGGUUCCUUUCUGUUCAUUUUGAGGCUUAGAGCAAAAAAACAAAAACAAAAAACAGUUAAUUCUGUUUCUCAGAAAAUUCAACUAAUGCAGAAAGUAAAAUAUAACAGAUUAUCUUAUACAGAGAGGUUAGCCAACUGAGAACUGUCCAUUUAAAAUACAGUACAUGUUUUCAGUUCCUGUGGGAUCGUAGUGAAUGAAUCGCUGCCUCAGUGGGUCGUGGCAGGGUUGAGCCUGCACUUCUGCUGAGGGCUAAAGGCCUUUAAACGCGGCCUUCAGCUCGUCUGCAUUCUUCGCUCUGGUGUCUCUCAUCUUCCUCCUGACAGCAGCCCAUAGCUGCUCGGGGGUUCAGGCCAGUUUCUAAACCAUACCAACGCAGUGAUACAAGGGUCAUCUAAAUGGAGGACUACCGAACAACAGUCCAGUCCUUUUCUUCUUAGCCGAGGCAAAAGGUUUCUCAAGUUGUCUCUGUUUAUUACAUUUAUGGCUCAUGACCUGUCGUGGAUAUAUCUGUGUGUCAGAGUCUUGCAAAUCUCCCAUGAACUGUCAAUUUAGGCUUUUUUCCCCCUCAAUCCUUUCAAGGCUGUGGAUAUAUUUAUUGUUUCUGCACCCUUUAUAUGACACUUUUUCCUUCCACUGAACUUUCCAUUAUUGUUCCAGGAUACAGCACUCUGACCAGACAGCUUCUUUAAGAGUUACCCUUUUUCUGGCUUAUCCUCCCUGUGGAGGAUGUCGGUGGCUAGAGAAGUGAUUGGUUAUUUCUGCUGGAAUAUUAUAAUUAAAGUAGUUUUUUGAGAAACAGAGUUGGGCAUUUUCUUAAGCUGUAAUAAUACAAACCUAAUUUCCAAAAUUAAGAAAAAUAAGUACUUGAAAUCUAUCAGUAUGUGUGCAAUGAAUCUAUAUGAGGUUCAAUGUCUUAUUAAAUUAGUAAUAUCAAGUAACUUUUGAUGAUAUUCUACUAUAUUAAGAUAUGCCUGGAAAUAAUCCCACAGCGCUGCUAGUUAAUUAUGUAUGUUAGAGGGGAAAAAACAUUUUAAAUAACAGACAGCAGUAAAACAACGUGUGCAUUAGGUUUUAUUAUUAUUACAAAAUGUAAAAGGAAAAAAAAAACAUGUGAAAGUUAGAUUUUCCAGAAGUUUCUUUAUUAGCUGUUAUCUACUGAACUGAAAUCACAGUUUGCUGCUGAAUUUCCCUUUAAAGUCUUCACUGUAGCUCUCAUAUUUGUAAUUAAUUAUACUUCUCUGCAUCUGUAUAAACACAUUUAGAGUUAAUAUAUUCACCACUGUAGCCUCGUGCAUGAAGCAUCAGCUCAGUAAAAUGUUUUAUGUUUUGAACACUAUGGGUUUAAAGGGGGCUGGUUCUGGUUCAGCUCUUCUUCUGGACUCGGCUCUCAACACAACCUGCUGCUGAUCCUUCCUCCCGCUCCUCUAAUGGAAACAAGAUCCUUCAGUUCUUUAAAUAGCCCUUCACUCAACGCCUGCUGUCCUCUGAUUGGUCGGCAUCAGAGCCUCAGUUGGCAGAGUGAGCUGGACUGUAGUUAAAAAUCCAGAUAUGCUCCCUUUAAGCCUGCCGGUGUUCAUCCAUCAUGUCCCGCUUGCUGUUUGACAGAACCGGUGGACUCUGAUCAUCAGCGUGAUGAUGAUGUAGAUGUAACCUGAUAUGUACUUGCUGUGUGUGUCCUCUGAAGGUUCAGGGAUGUCUGAUCUGUCGUCGUGUGUUUCUGUGUGUUUCUGUCCGACACUUUCCCUUCAGUGUAAAUACCCACUGUAAGCUUCCAUAGUGGACCAAGUAGCCCCAGCCGUAUCCGGUCAGCCUCGUAUUCCUCAGCUGCUCACGGUUAGAACGUGUAUCUUCUUCACUGCAUGCUGCCUCGUCCUGCAAACCAUCCCUUAACCAAGAUCAUAUCUUCAUGGAGAGACUAAAAUAAAAAGUUGGAGCUUUAAGUUCAUCAUUACGUUA